GAAAGGCGCAGCAGGCGCGAGCUCCUGGGCGGUCCCCGAGGCGCGGAUUGGCGCCCGCGCGCGCCCCGGAGGCCCGCGAGGUGCCCGCCUGGGUGUGGGAUGGCGGCCAGCCUGUGGAUGGGAGACCUGGAACCCUACAUGGAUGAGAACUUCAUUUCUAGAGCCUUUGCCACCAUGGGGGAGACCGUGAUGAGCGUCAAAAUUAUCCGAAACCGCCUUACUGGGAUCCCAGCUGGCUACUGCUUUGUAGAAUUUGCAGAUUUGGCCACAGCUGAGAAGUGUUUGCAUAAAAUUAAUGGGAAACCCCUUCCAGGAGCGACACCUGCAAAACGUUUUAAACUGAACUAUGCCACUUAUGGGAAACAACCAGAUAAUAGCCCUGAGUACUCCCUCUUUGUGGGGGACCUAACCCCAGAUGUGGAUGAUGGCAUGCUGUAUGAAUUCUUCGUCAAAGUAUACCCCUCCUGUCGGGGAGGCAAGGUGGUUUUGGACCAGACAGGCGUGUCUAAGGGUUAUGGUUUUGUGAAAUUCACAGAUGAACUGGAACAGAAACGAGCCCUGACGGAGUGCCAGGGAGCAGUAGGACUGGGGUCUAAACCUGUUCGGCUGAGUGUGGCAAUCCCUAAAGCGAGCCGGGUAAAGCCAGUGGAAUAUAGCCAGAUGUAUAGUUACAGCUAUAACCAGUAUUACCAACAGUACCAGAACUACUAUGCCCAGUGGGGCUAUGACCAGAACACAGGCAGCUACAGCUACAGUUACCCCCAAUAUGGCUACACCCAGAGCACCAUGCAGACAUAUGAAGAAGUUGGAGAUGAUGCAUUGGAAGACCCCAUGCCACAGCUGGAUGUGACUGAGGCCAACAAGGAGUUCAUGGAACAGAGUGAGGAGCUGUACGAUGCACUGAUGGACUGCCACUGGCAGCCCCUGGACACAGUGUCUUCAGAGAUCCCUGCCAUGAUGUAACCAGGACAAAGGACAAGUCAGGAUGGACUGACUUUUAAAAAAAAAAAGUGAAAACAUUUGCUUUUGGAAAUGAUUUGUAAGAUUUUAAUGACUUUACUAAGAUUAUUACUACUUC